AUGUGGCAGUACAAAUUGACAUGUCUGGGGCUUUUCUACUUAACUGCAGAUGUGUUGGGGGAUUCAGUUGACCAGCCUCGUUCCGAGACUGGCAGAGAAAAAGAAGAGAUCACCAUCACAUGUACCUACAAGUCCAGCAGCGCCUAUCCCUGUCUGUAUUGGUAUAAAUGGUAUCCAGGAAAUCCUUUGCAAUUUAUUCUUCGGGAUCCAGGUUCCAGCUCAGCCUGUAGCAGCCACAAAGCAGAAAACAAACUGAGGGCACAGACAGAUUCCUCCAAAAGCAUAUUAACAAUUUCCAGCCUAGAACUGAGCGACUCUGCUGUCUACUAUUGUUCAGUUACAGAUGAUGUGGGUGCAACAUUUACAAGGACUCUGGUAUUUGGAGCAGGCACAAGGCUAAUGGUAGAGCCAGGAGAUAAAACCCACUCUUCACCCUCAGUGUUUGUGUUAAAGACUGAGAAUGAAAGAGAUGAUACCACUGGCUGUCUGGCAAAGGAUUUCUACCCAAAGUAUGUGGAAAUGUAUAUGAAUUCUACAUCACAAAACUCAGGUGUAAUAAAAGCCUCCCCUGUUAUCUCAAAUGAGGGAAAGUACAGCGCGGUGCUUGUGGAUAAAUUUGAAGGAAAAGAUGUACGUUGCCAGGCAAAGCAUCAGAAUAUCUGGAUAAAAGAUGAUAUUUUCACUCCAAUACAAGAAGACCCAGUAGAUAAGGGAGAAACUCCAGCUGAUGAAGACAGCAAUUCCUGUGAAGAACCAACCAAUGGUGACAGAAAAAAUAUUAUUAUUAUUAUUAUUAUUAUUAUCAUUGUAAUGUGA